CCAAUCACCGCUGUCGCCACGGUGUGUCGUAACUUCCGUUUGGCAAGGCCGGAAGUGAAGUCCAGAAUAAAAAUAAAUAGUCCUUAAACGAUAAAUGUGCAAAAUAAUCCGAAAUUAACACCCAAAGCGCUCACCACAAUGCUAAAUUUAUUUAUGAUGCUGCCGUUUCUUAGCUAAUUUAUUCGACAUUAAGCAAGAACGGCCUUUUCUUAUCGGCAUUUUCUUGAAAGGUUGCCUCGGAACUAGUUUCAACAAGUAGACAAGGUACCGCCGCACCAACGACGACUGGAGAGAUGUGGCUCGUGGUGCUGCUCGGCUUCCUGCUGGCUCUCUUCUCCAGCCUGGACGUGUGGUACUUUGCGCGGGCCGCGGCCGCGGUGGUCCGCGCCCGGCUGCAGCCUCCCGUGCGGGACCUGACGGCCGAGCAGGUCGCCGUCGGCCGGGUGGCUCCGCGCGACAUGGACAUGUGUCACAUGAACAACGCGCGUUACCUGCGCGAGUGCGACUUCGCCCGCUUCUCGCUGUACGUGCGCAACGGUGUGUUCAAGGCGCUGCGGGCCCUCGGCGCCUCCAUGGUGGUGGGGGCCACCACCAUCCGCUACCGCAGGCCGCUUCGCGUCGGCGAGCCGUACGAGCUGCGGAGUCGGGUGGUGACGUGGGACGACAAAGCCUUCUUCCUGGAGCAGAGGUUCGUGUCGACCAAGCACGGGCUGGUGUGCGCCGUCAUGUACUGCAAGCAGACCGUCAUACGCAGCAGCCCGGACGGCAUCGUGCAGUAUCUGUGCAAGCGGAAGGUGGAACCUCCGGAAUUUCCAGAGGACCUCCAGCACUGGAUCAAGUUCAUCUCAGCCAGCAGUCAGAACCUCAGAGCAGAGAGCGGCCUCGUGGAGAAAGACGACUAAGCACGGACGUUUUCAUUCAUGGUGAUGAACUUGGGAAUAAUUGACGGUUGUUCUAAGUACGUAUCGAUGCCACAAGAUGGUGGCAAAGCGUCAACACUAUGCACAGACAGUCAUUAAUAUCCCACAUCGCAUUAAGAUUGUGUUUGGUACGUAAAUUAACUUUUUUUUUUCUAUUAAAAAUUGUUGGAAAUGG